AUGGGCCCCAAGAGUCAUGGAUUAUCAUCUGUCAGCCCCGCUGGGAUACGGGCAUUCCUCAAAGAAAGUGCACAGAGCAAACACUGCACAAAAGAGGGUUUAGAGAGCAAGAAGUUUAACUCGACCUCCUGCAAUACAGUCCGACCUUUUCUGAAGAGCUCCUCGGAAAUGCCGAAGAGAGAAUGCCGAGGCAGCGUGAAGGAGAGCUCACCCUACGACUCACUGAAACUCCUUCCACCCUGUCCAAAGGCAGCUCACGCCGGGAGCCGCAGACACCGGACAGCUCGGGUUCCGGGGCUCUGCCCGACGGCGGGCGCAGGGCCACGGGAGCUCGCGGGUCCCCGGCGCCGUGUCCGACCCACGGCGCUUCCUCGCCCGAGCCAGCGGCCAAACGCCGCGGGCCGGGGCGGCCGCACGCCCGCGCUGACAGGCGGCGGGCCGGGAGCGGAGGGAGGGCUCAGCGCACACGUGCGUGCCAGCGUCCCAAAACAAAGCUGGCCGGCCUCGCCGCGACACCACCGGCCGCCUUUAACUCCUCCCCGCCCGGGCUCCAGCCUCGCAGAUGUGCCCCCGGCCAAGAGGUUUAAAGGCGGCUCCUUCGGGCAGCGCCGUGGAGCGAGAUACCCGAGCCCGGCGAGACGGCCCGGGAAGGGCAGCGAUGCCUGCAGAAUCCGCCACCGCCUGCAUCAACAAAUCGCUGCCUUCCCGGUGCCAGCCGAGCUCAUUCCCAGCCCGCCCGCUCCCUUCUUCUCCUCGCUCCCCCGCAGGCACAGGACUCCGGGCAGGACCGGCCGGCCCGGGAUUUGCCCCGAGGCGAAGCCCCUUCCCUGUCACGAUCGCGCCCGGCCUCGGCGCCGCGCUGACCGGAGACCUGGCUCAGAGCGGCCGGCCCCAGUGGCGAAGGGGCUUCCUGGGCACUCACCGAGAAUCGGGACGGGCGUCCCGCAGGGACGGGGCGUCCCGGGAGCCGCGGCCGCCGCCUCCUCACGGCCAAAGUGCGGCCGGCGCCGCCGGGCGCGCCGCGAACAGCUGACGGCGGCCCCGCCCCCGCCACAGCCCCGCCCCCGCCCCGCAGCCAAUGGGCGCGGAGGGGCGGGGUCGCCGCGCGCGCGAGCGGCGGGGGAGGGAUCCGUCCUGAUCCAGGUGGGAGCGGGGAGGGAGUCGGGGCUGGUCAGACCUCAGCGGGACUGA